CCUUUAAGGGCUUUCUAUCGUUUCCGAGUGUCAUAAUCCAAGAAUUUGGCAAAGCUCUAAUUGCUUUGAUGAACUUUGCAAUCAACUCGAGGGUCUCGGACGGCAGCGGAGAGAGGGCCUCGGACGGCAGCGGAGAGCUCUGAUCCUCACCUCACGUCACCUCACCUCACCUCGAGCUCAAACUCCCCACCAUCAUUCGGUAAAGAUGCUGUGAAGCUGAUGUGCUCAUUUUUCAGGUAGAGGCUCUGCUUCUUCUCAACCACCAUCUAUCCUGCAAGUUCCUGAACCUUCUCCGCGAAAAGGGACUAGAUCGGCUCCCAUUACUCGGGCGAAGAUUUUAUUUGGUUACUUUAACGAGGCCAACUCCGUGUUUCCGGUUCCCGAGCACGUCCGCCGCUUGCCGUGAAUCGUGCUUUUGUUUCCUAACUUUCAAAUUUCCGCUGAAGCCCUUGCGAUCAACCGGACCGCCUCCGGUCCGGUUCGCGUAUAAAAGGAUAGUGGAAAAACCCUCAAGCCCACCUCCCCGCCGCCUCUGUUUCUCACGCAGUCGCGACCGAUGCUGCGACUACUCACCGCGACUUCUCGCCUCCGUUUUCUCACCGUGACCGACGCUUGCCGCUACCGGCUACCGACGCUUGCCGCGACCUCGCUGCACACCGCCACGUACGAUCUUUGUCCUAAUCACAUCUCAGGAGUUGCCUGUGGGAAUUUGGAAACUUCAAAUUUUAAAUUUCAACAAUGGGGAGGUUAUACAGUCUACUGUUGCCCAGCUGUCGCUCGUUUGUCUUCAGUGGCUAAUAAAGAGAGCAGUCAUCCUACAGAGGCUGUAGAGGAGUUAUAUCAGAAAAUGCUCAAAUCUGUUGAAGCUCAAACCAUGCCUCCAAAUGCUUGGUUGUGGUCUCUAAUCAGCAACUGUUUGAACCGAGAGGACAUAAAGCUUCUUUUCCAGAUAUUGCAGAAACUUCGAAUAUUUAGGCUAUCCAACCUUCGUAUACAUUCAAAUUUCAACUCUCAUCUUUGUAUGAGAGUUUCUGAGGCGUGCACUCAUGCGGAUGCCCUUGACUAUGGGUUAAAGGCUUUAUGGAAACAUAAUAUCUAUGGUUUAACUCCAAGCAUUGGUUCUGCUCAUUACUUACUGUCAUAUGCUAAAGAGCACAAUGAUGACAAACUAAUGGUAAAGAUUAUGCGGGUCUUGGAAAAGAACUCGAUGCCGCUUCAACCAGGUACCGCAGACAUAGUCUUCAGCAUUUGUCACAACACAAACAAAUGGGAUCUGAUUUCCAAGUAUUCAGCAAGGUUUCUCAAGGCUGGAGUAAAACUUCAUCAAACAGCAUUUGAUAUUUGGAUGGAAUUUGCUGCGAAAAUUGGAGAUGUUCAAUCUAUUUGGAAAAUUGGGAAGCUCAGAGAAAAAUUUGUAAAGCGACCAACACUUUCAAAUGGGUUUUCAUGUGCUAAGGGACAUCUGCUUGAACAUAACCCAGAGACUGCUGCUGCUACCAUUCAUAUUCUCUACAAGAACCUGCCAGAUCUGAAGAAGCCACAAGUGAUAGAUGAACUGCAGAAACUAAUUAGUCAAUGGCCACAGGAGGUUAUAAGGAAACAGAAGAAGGAAGACAAACAGGCAUUAAUUGAAGCCCUGAAAAGGGAUAUCCCUGACAUGGUCAGUUCGUUGUUAAACAUGGGGCUUGACGUUACUAUGGACCUAAAAGAACUCAGCAAACAAGAAGCAUGAAAUCCAGAGAAGAUGAGGGCUUGACGUUCUUGCCCUUGAGAGUAGGGCUCGACUCCCACAAAUUGUACAAACAAUGAAUUGAAUUGGAAUUUGAAAAUCAUCAAAUAUGAAUGUGAUUUGUGUCCAUUUUAGUAUAUGAGCAACAAGCUCAAUCAUUCGUUAAUCUAUGAUGCAGGAGAACGUUGUUUUGUAUGCAUCUGCUUCCCACAUUUUGAAUGUAUCCUGGUGGUUACUCGCGA